AUGGGGUCCGUCCUUCCGCCCGAAUACGAGGACCUGUGCCGCCUCCGCCAUCUCUUUCCGGGCGUCCCCAUCGCCGCCCUCACCGCCACCGCCGAUGCCAUCACCCGCGAGGACAUCGCCGACCGGUUGUUCGGCGGCGAGGUGGAUUCCUUCGUCCUGGGCUUCGACCGCCCCAACAUUCGGCUCGCCGUGGAGAUGAAGCGCGAAUGGAAGCGCCAGUGCCGGAGCUUUAUCGGGCGUCAUGAAGGCGAGAGCGGCAUCGUCUACUGCCUGUCGCGCAAGAAGACGGAGGAGACCGCGGCGCUGCUGGUGGCCGACGGCGUCCGGGCGCUUCCCUACCACGCGGGCAUGGAGAAGACCGAUCGGGAGGCCCACCAGAACGUCUUCAUGACCGAUCCCGGGGUGGUGAUGGUGGCCACCAUCGCCUUCGGCAUGGGCAUCGACAAGGCGGACGUACGCUACGUCCUGCACACGGAUCUGCCCGGGAGCGUCGAGGCCUACUAUCAGGAGAUCGGCCGGGCCGGACGCGACGGCCGGGCGGCGGAAGCGCACAUGCUCUACGGCCUGGCCGAUAUCCGCAUGCGGCGGCAGUUCAUCGAGGAGGAGGACGCCGGGCCGGAGCGGCGGCGCCGCGAGCACAAGCGUCUCGACGCGUUGCUCGGCUACUGUGAGGCUCCCGCUUGCCGGCGGGUGACGCUACUGGAGUAUUUCGGGGAACAGAACGAGCCCUGCGGCAAUUGCGACGUCUGCCUCGACCCGGCCGAGCGCAUCGACGGCACCGAGGAUGCGCAAAAGAUCCUUGCCGCGGUCUAUCGCACCGGCGAACGGUUCGGCGCGGCGCACGUCAUCGACGUGCUGCGCGGCACCGCGACGGAGAAGGUCGGACGCGCCGGCCAUGACCGGCUGCCCACCUUCGGGAUGGGCGCUGCCCGGGGCAAGAACGAGUGGCGGUCGCUGAUCCGUCAGAUGGUGGCCACCGGGUUGCUCCGGCUCGACAUCGGGGGCUAUGGCGGCCUCUCCAUCACCGGCAAGGGCCGCGGUCUGCUACAGGGCGAGAGCGUGUUCCUGUAUCGCCGGGACACGGCGCCGGCCCGUUCAUCCGAGCCGGCGCGUGACCCGGGGGGGCGGCGCCGGAAGGAGCCCCAGGACGGCUCGCUGAGUGGCCCCGAGACGGCGCUUUUGGAUGCGCUCAAGGCGCUGCGGCUCCGGCUCGCCAAUGAGCGCGGGGUGCCGGCGUAUGUCGUGUUCCCCGACCGCACGCUGAUCGACAUGGUGCGCCGCCGGCCGCGGACGGAGGAAGAGUUCGCCGAGGUGAACGGGGUGGGCGCCGCCAAGCUCAAGGCUUUCGCGGAGCCGUUUCUGGCCGCUAUCGAGAGUGUCCUUGCGGACGCCGGCUGA